AUGCCACUGGUGGAGGCAGAGGAGGGCGAUAUAGUACACCAGAAAGCGAACAGCAGCGGCAAAAGCAAUACUAGGGAGGAUGAGAAGCCCACGGCAAUCAGUCUUUACAUCGAAGAGAAUCGUGAUAAGCUGGCAGAUGAGGUAGCGGAGAUGAAGAGCAUCGUCCACAAAGGGAUGAAGACGAGAGAGGAGGAGCUGUCGAGGAAGUCGCCGCUCUUGUGGACAAUCACAGACUGGGUGGAUUGGAGGGUAGGAGACGGAGUGAACCAGUGGCACUCGUUGAUACGCCGUGCAGUUAAUGAUCGCCGAAAGAGGUGCAACAUCAAGUACGAAGCAGACAAGCCGGAGUACCAGGAUAAUAAGGAGCUCAAUAUCAGGCCACAGCCGUGGAGAAGACACAUCUGGGAAAAGAAUCACGUCGGCGGUGCAGCUGCAGUUGACGCCGAGUGGUUCGUUCAUAAUAAGAACCGCCUACAUCAUAAAAAUGCGUGCCACGUAGUAAAAGUUGGAGGCCGGGUGGAGCUGAUAUUCCUACUCUCUCACGAGUGCUGGGGGCUAAGGUUCGACAGAGAUCCCGCUUAUGGGGAUUCUUAUUCUGUAUCUACUUGUUUUGUGCUCUUGUUUGUAGUUUUGUUUGUUUUUUGAGUUGUGCCGGUAGAAUGUAGAUGCAGUAUUUAUUUUCUCAUCUAAUCACGCUAUGGAAACACGUUUUCGGUGCGACUCGAUGUUGAACUCCAGCCAGAGCCGUGUCGCGAGCUGCUUGCGAAUUUGCCUGUAGAAGGUACUUCAAUCCACGCGGUGGAGCCUACGGUGUACUCGAUGGACCAGGAGCGCAUUGUUUGGCGGAUUCCUCCGGGUGCUCAUUUCGAAGCGAUGCCGAAAACACAGGAGAAGGAGAAGAAGAAAGCUAAGGCCAAUAGGGGCAUGACUGGCGGGCAAUCGCAGGGGGAUGAAGAUACAGCGCGCGUUGCAGAGUACGAUCCAGAGUGCGAGUGGGUGUGGGAUGAGGAUAAGGAGAUAAGCGACGAUGAGGAUGAGUUCACGCACGGCCAACGCAAUUCAAGCAACCCAGUACUGGCAGACCCUGAAGCAUUCCCAGCAGAAGAAGAGCGGAUAAUGCAACUCGCAGAAGUGGAAGCGCUUGAAGGGCCAGCUGUAGACGAUGAAGAAGAUCAACUACCUGUGCCUGCAGCUGCUGGCGAACAACAUCAGGACGAUCAGAUGCUACAAGAUGAUGAAGACCCUGACGCCCCAGGCCAGUACGGAGACCCUGAUGGGAUAUACAGGAUGAUGAAGCGCAAGCGUGGUGACCUGGUGAGGCUCUUUCUGGGGUAUUUCACAAUCAAUCAGAGCGAGAACGACAAGGAGAAAGAUCACAUGAGGAUCUACCUGCUGCCAUCAUGGCAACGAGCGAUGACAGAGGCGGACGCAAUUACGGCCUACUCGCGUGGACAUCUCUUUCGCUAUUUAGGACUAGGUCGCGGCAUCUAUGGUUGUGCUUUUGAUUUUGGAUCCUCUUCUAACUCAGAGCUACCAUGGCAGACGCAGGUCCGCCUGGAGGAAGCGGGGCGAGCAGAAACAGUGGAGACCUACCUUUAUUAUGGUUGUGACAGCUAAUUAACUGCGUGUUGAGUAUUCUUCAUCUUCGUAUUCUAUUUAAGCAAGUGAGGUGAGUACUUGCGAUGGGCUCUAACUCAUUCGCGGCUGGAUGGUGCAUUGCUGUCUCAAGUCCACGCUCUUCACGCAGACGCCUCACAGGAAGGAUUGGGUUUUGCGCCAGAAGAGGAAAGUGCUGAUCGAGUGGCGCGACUUCUCUCACCUAGAGAAAGCGGAGAUCCGAAGAAUAUGCAGCACCCGGAAGCAAGAGGACAGAAGAUGGGUGUGGCAAUUCCACGACGGCGAGGAUGAUGAACAGUAG